UGUCCCCGUCCGCUUUCCGGGUGAGGAGCGAAUCAACACGAACGAGUCCAGUGUGUGUGUGUGUGUGUGUGUGUGUGUUGGAGACAUGUCGAGCAGCAAGCUGAUGAGAGCCAUCAAAGUGAGUGAGUUUGGAGCUCCGUCGGUUCUGAAACUCUGCUCAGACGUGACUGUCCCUCAGCCUGGACACAGACAGGUGUUGAUUCGUGUCCAUGCCUGUGGGGUGAACCCUGUGGAAACUUACAUCCGGUCUGGGACAUACGCCCGUAAGCCCACCCUGCCAUACGUACCGGGCACAGAUGUAGCUGGAGUGGUGGAAACCACUGGAGAAGGUGUCACUGCAGUAAAGGCAGGAGACCAUGUGUUCACCACAGCGACAGUUAGUGGAGGUUAUGCAGAGUACACCGUAGCAGCUGACGACUGUGUCCACAAACUGCCCGCUUCUUUAGACUUCGCCCAGGGUGCUGCCAUUGGGAUCCCUUACUUCACCGCCUACAGAGCUCUGGUUCACAAAGCCCGGGCCAAGGCUGGAGAGACUGUCCUCAUCCAUGGAGCCAGUGGAGGGGUUGGUGUGGCGGCGUGCCAGUUGGCCCGUGCUCUGGGUGUCAAAGUGCUGGGGACAGCAGGCACACCAGAGGGAAUGAAGCUGGUUCUCAACAACGGAGCUCACCUGGCCUUUAAUCACAGAGAAGAGGGCUACACAGAUAAAAUGAUGGAAGCCACAGAGGGCAGAGGCAUAGAUGUGGUACUGGAGAUGCUAUCAAAUGUUAACCUCAGCAAAGACCUCCAGAUGUUGGCCUACGGAGGACGCGUUGUGGUCGUUGGCUCCAGAGGCUCCAUAGAGAUCAACCCCCGUGACACCAUGGUUAAAGAGAGCAGCAUCUUGGGAGUGGCCCUUUUCUUUGCUACGCCGGAGGAGACGAGGGAGUGUGCAGCGCUGCUCUACGCAGGGAUGGAAGCUGGUUGGCUGCGUCCAGUCGUCGGCUCCCAGUAUCCGCUUGACAAGGCCUCUCAGGCCCACCAUGACAUCAUUGAGUCUCCCGGGGCUGGUGGGAAGAUAGUCUUGACCAUGUGAUGAUAUGACGAUAUCGCGGGUGAAGAGGGUUCUGGCUGUUCCUAAAGGGGAGGCUCUCGAAGAGCUAACAGAGAAAGCAGAAAUCAAAGAAAACAGUGGUUAACAUGAUAAAUCACAAAAUCAUGAAGUAAUUACCGAGAAUUAUCUUAAAUCUCCUUUGCUGUAGUGAGCGAAUGCACAAGAGUAACAAAAUCAUCAAAUUCCUGUGAUCUUUAAUGCUGCAUUGAAGUGAUUAUUUUGGCCACUUGGGGGCAGCAGAACACAGCACUGACACCUUAUAAUGGGGGUGGGGGUGUUAAAAUAUUUAUAUUUACUCUCUUUAUAGUUCUGUUUUGGUCUUCACCAACUCCUGAGAACAAGUCUGGCCGACUCAAGUAACCAAUAAAAGUAGUAAUUUGGUUCAUUUUAAGAUAAACUUUUGAUUUGUGCCGCUUUAAGUAAAUGUUUAAGACGAGUCACUGUAAUCAGGAAAUAACACUCUUUUCUAUUGUGCAUUGGGUCUAAUUUAAUCAAGAAGGUGCCUGAUUUUUUUUCAUCCUAACUGAUGACGACAAAUGCAAGAACUUGAGGGUUUAAUUAAUUCAAUUAAUUAUCUUCUUGAAUUAUAAAACUGCAUUACUGUGUUACACACAGUUAAUGUUAUAGAAGAUUAGCCACAGAAAUUCUGAUUACUAAAGAUACUUAAAUUUCCAAAUGUGAUCUGUGCUCAAGAAUCCUAGGAAAGCAAAAGAGGUGUUUUUAUUACCUGUAAAUUGUGAAUGAAAAUAACAUGGAUUAAUAAAAAAGAUAUUUUGUGAAUAUUUUUA